ACCGUCUUCCCUGUUACUCCCUGCGCUUCUCUAGUGCGGUGCCCUCCCUGCUGUAACACACCAGUCCCCUGCGCCCCCCACUGCACCUUCCUUCCUGUUACCCCAUGUGUCGCCUCUAUGGCUCCUCCCUCCUCACUACCUGUCCCCUGUGCCCCCUCUUGUGCACCUUCCUCCCCAUUGCCCCCUCUUUUCUGUGCAGCUGUUUCCUCCAUUGCCCCCCAUGCAGUUGUAAACUUGCUACUUGUUACCGUUCUCUUUUUGGCAUUCAAUGAAGCCCUUUGCUACGCGCUCAUGAACCAGCUUUUAUUUCCAUAUCCAGGUAAGAAGAUGGAUGGUGCAGCCCUCUGAAGACCCGGAGUGCUGGUGAUCCGCUUGGACGCUAAGCGAGGCAACCCCGCUCCCAAGGAGGAACACUUGUGUGCGGAGCACAUCGUUUCUUGAAUUGAGCCUCUCUUCUGGGGUGUGACAGUAGAUUUUCAGUCUGUAGUUUAGUGGUGUUGCCACCAAGUGACCUUGAGUGGGCAUGGCUAGUCUGGCCAUCAAAGACUCAUACCUACAGAGUUUAGCUCAGAAGAUUUGUGUGCAGCAGGUCCAGGAGCCAUGGAAAAGAAAACUCGCUUCCAAGCGAGCUCGGGCUGGGGAUGCAAGCAGCCAGCCGAAGAAAAAGAAGAGAAAGAAACCCAGAAAGCAAGCUGAGAAGGCAAAUGUCCCUCCAGCUAAGCAGGCAGUCCCCAAUACCAGCAAAUCUGCUAAGCAGACAGCUUCUAAUCUUAACUCAUCUACUCCAGCCGAACAAACAGCACCCAGUGGGAACAGAUCCACUCCAGCUAAAACAGCAAUGAGGAAAAGUGAGAAAGGAAGUUCAGGUGGACAAAGCGAUCCUGGUUCGUUUUCUGCUGUGAAUCUCUUGCGCCAGAAGUUGCAUGAGAAGAUGCAAGAAGUCUCUGGUCAGGGGGGCGCUAAAGAGCUAUCACCAGCGGUGCUGGAGAAGAGGCGCCGACGGAAGUAUGAGAAGGAGAGAAAGAAGCGCCGAAGAAAGGAGCUGAAGAUGAAGGAGAAAAUGGAGAAGGAGGGAGCCCAGGAGGCAGCUACAGCUGUGGAGCCGCAGCAAGUGAAGGAGGAGAGCAAGGAUGGGAUCCUCUUCAACCGGGUCAAAGUCUGCGAGGAGGAGGAACUGAGCCAGACAGAGAGGAAAAAAGAGAAGAGGAAGAGAGUGAAAGGCAACCUCACUCCUCUAACGGGCAAGAACUACAAGCAACUGCUGAGCAGGCUGGAAGCCAGGAAGAGCAAACUGGAGGAGCUGAAAGACAAGGACCAGAAGAAAGCCCAGGAGCUGGAAAAUAAGAUGAAGUGGACCAACGUCCUUUACAAGGCUGAAGGCGUGAAGAUCCGCGAUGAUGAGGACCGUCUGAAGGCGGCCCUGAAGCGCAAGGAGAAGCGCAAAGCCCAGCGCCAGAAGCAGUGGGGGAGGCGGACGGAGCACGUGGUAGAGAAGAUGCAGCAGCGGCAGGACAAGCGGCGCAAGAACAUUCAGAAGAAGAAGUUGGCCAAGGUGGAGCACAGGAAGGACAGGGCCCGGAAGAAGGGCCGCAUCCUGCCAGAGGACUUGGAGAAGGCUGGCGUGAAGUGAGCCUAGGGCCACCAGUGUUGGUGGCCUGGAAAUGGACUCUCAGCCUGUGCUUACGGAGCUUGUUGUGGCUUCUAUUAAUAAACUGUUUUACAAACCAGC